AUGCUGAUUAGCGAGCGAGCUAAUCACAAUGAGUAUCAGUACACCAGUAUCAGUACAUCACUAUCAGUACACCAGUAUCAGUACACCAGUAUCAGUACAUCACUAUCAGUACACCAGUAUCAGUACAUCACUAUCAGUACACCAGUAUCAGUACAUCACUAUCAGUACACCAGUAUCAGUACAUCACUAUCAGUACAUCACUAUCAGUACAUCACUAUCAGUACACCAGUAUCAGUACAUCACUAUCAGUACACCAGUAUCAGUACAUCACUAUCAGUACACCAGUAUCAGUACAUCACUAUCAGUACACCAGUAUCAGUACAUCACUAUCAGUACACCAGUAUCAGUACACCAGUAUCAGUACAUCACUAUCAGUACACCAGUAUCAGUACAUCACUAUCAGUACACCAGUAUCAGUACAUCACUAUCAGUACACCAGUAUCAGUACAUCAGUAUCAGUACAUCACUAUCAGUACAUCACUAUCAGUACACCAGUAUCAGUACAUCACUAUCAGUACACCAGUAUCAGUACAUCACUAUCAGUACACCAGUAUCAGUACAUCACUAUCAGUACACCAGUAUCAGUACAUCACUAUCAGUACACCAGUAUCAGUACACCAGUAUCAGUACAUCACUAUCAGUACACCAGUAUCAGUACAUCACUAUCAGUACACCAGUAUCAGUACAUCACUAUCAGUACACCAGUAUCAGUACAUCACUAUCAGUACACCAGUAUCAGUACACCAGUAUCAGUACAUCACUAUCAGUACACCAGUAUCAGUACAUCACUAUCAGUACACCAGUAUCAGUACAUCACUAUCAGUACACCAGUAUCAGUACAUCACUAUCAGUACACCAGUAUCAGUACACCAGUAUCAGUACAUCACCAUCAGUACAUCACAUCAGUAUCAGUACAUCACUAUCAGUACACCAGUAUCAGUACACCAGUAUCAGUACAUCACUAUCAGUACACCAGUAUCAGUACACCAGUAUCAGUACAUCUAUAUCAGUACACCAGUAUCAGUACACCAGUAUCAGUACAUCACUAUCAGUACACCAGUAUCAGUACAUCAGUAUCAGUACAUCACUAUCAGUACACCAGUAUCAGUACACCAGUAUCAGUACAUCACUAUCAGUACAUCACAUCAGUAUCAGUACACCAGUAUCAGUACAUCAGUAUCAGUACACCAGUAUCAGUACAUCAGUAUCAGUACACCAGUAUCAGUACACCAGUAUCAGUACAUCACUAUCAGUACAUCACUAUCAGUACACCAGUAUCAGUACACCAGUAUCAGUACAUCACUAUCAGUACACCAGUAUCAGUACACCAGUAUCAGUACACCAGUAUCAGUACAUCACUAUCAGUACAUCACUAUCAGUACACCAGUAUCAGUACACCACUAUCAGUACACCAGUAUCAGUACAUCACAUCAGUAUCAGUACAUCACUAUCAGUACACCAGUAUCAGUACACCAGUAUCAGUACACCAGUAUUUUAGUAGAAUGA